AGGCAAUCCGAGCUACUGGUAGUCUGUCAACGACAUAAAUCACCUGCCACCUCCUUAACUCUCUAUCUGCUCCUCGUUUUCCUGCCAUCGCCAACCACGUUCACCUAGUUCAUGCUUGAUAACGAAGAAUAUUCUCAUGGACGUCGAAGAAGCGUUGACGUCGGGGGUUUAGCGCUUGCACUCGAAAACCAGGGCUUGGGUCAUGGGUGGGGUGGAUGGGAAGAGGAUGAGCAAGGAGAGACUCGCUAUGCUGAACUACUUAGCGACAUGUACAACCACACCCAGACUACCGUCAGCCAUCAUGUACAUGACAUCUCUCCAAUCGUGAUACCUCCCCAUACACGAGCGUCCCUGAUUAAGUUCCUUGAUAGCUGGCAUUUUGAGCCGCAGAACCUACCUGAGGAGGAAGUCCUAUUCUGCGCGCAAAUUUUGUUUGAAAGCCUAUUUCGAAUUGAGGGCAUGCGAGAGGAUAUAGGUGUCUCUCUUGAUGAUAUCUCUGUCUUCUUGAAACAUCUGCAACCCCUAUACUGCGGACAUAACAGUUAUCAUAAUUUUCAACAUGCAGUGGAUGUCUUGCAGGCCUCCCAGGCCUUCCUGUGUGCGGCGGGUGUAAUUCCUCCUGUGUCAAUAUUGCUUGAUAGCGACGACUGCACAUGGAAGCCAAACAGACUCGGAAAGGAAGGACGUCUCGCGUUCGACCUCAACAACACAUGUCUUUUUGCUUUGUUCGUUGCUGCCAUUGGACAUGAUGUAGGUCAUCCCGGGUUGACAAACAUGUUCAUGAAAAACGCAAAGGCUCCAUUAUCUGAUGUGUACGACAACAAGUCGGCUCUUGAACAGAUGCACUACGCCCUCCUCAUACAGGCAAUGCGGCAGCAUGGUCUUGGGAAACUCUUGGAUCGACCAGACUCCGGCUUCCGGAAAGUGCUUGCUGGCAUCGUACUGGCUACGGAUAUGGGUGUCCACUAUAAAUUUAUAAGAGAUUUUCAAUCGCUCGUGGACGGUGAAGAGUAUUCUUUGUUUCAGCGCCGAUUACUGUUCUGCCAGGCAAUCAUAAAGUGUGCAGACAUCAGUAACCCCAGUCGGCCGCCCGGCGUCUCCCAUUACUGGGCAAAUGCCCUAAUGGCCGAAUGGACAUAUCAAGCAACACUGGAGAAGCGCUGGAGUUUGCCGGCAUCCGUCACACCUUCCGAAUGUCCACUGGAUCAAGUACGAGGACAAAUAUUUUUUAUUGAUUCAUACGCCAAGCCACUCAUGAACCUUGUUGCACAAGCUGUUCCUGAAUUGGAGAUAUUCGCUUGUCAGUGCACUGCAAACUUGGCCAUGUGGGUGGCCCGCCGGGAAGUCCUAUCCUCCCCAUCUGCAGACGACUCCCCAUAUCCUUCUGUAGCCGUACCUUCCCCUCGCCCUCCCGAGGAUUUCCUCACUUCUUUCCCCCUCACUCUCCCCUCAUUCGUUCUUACCGCUGAUGAGCCCCCUGCCUCCGGCGAGUGGCAUUCCACAUAUCCGCCUUCAGAUUCCUCAUCGUCAUCAGAUUUCGGUUCUGAUGUUCACGUCGAGCACCCGGUUAUAUUCCCAUCCCUUUCACCCCCUGCGUCCCCUGUGCCAUCCGUAGGCUCAUGUUACCCCCUGGCUACACGUAGCUCAUCGUCAAGUCUCGCGAGCAACACAAAUGAUGCUACGCAAGCGAUGCGAGCCGCUUACUCAGCGAGUGUGCGGAAGAAGAAAAGUUUUCAUCACCGGUAUUCUUGGAAUGUGUCUAUCAGCUCUGGAUCGUCCCUAGUCACCUCGACUCCUCCACCAUCACUUGCCACCAUUCCCAAAACUGCACUAUUUCUAGCCGAGUCCACUGCGUCAAACGGAACUACCGUCGCGUCUGUCACUGCCAUAGCGGCAUCCCCCGUAGGUGGUGAGAACAAGGGAGGGCUAAAGGUGCCAUAAUCACCCAACAGGGGUGCCACAUGGUUCACGCAGCGACCUCAAUUAUCGGCACGACAUGUUGCGCAAUGCAUUUGACAUGCGACAAUGACAUGAUUCAUGUCGGUGGGAUACUACCCGGACUCGCCGUGAUUCGCGUCAUCAUUCUUGGGCUGUCGAGCAAUUGCCGAUAAGGGGGAGAUAGACGUAUGAAGCGGUGUUAACCGUGUUAAUUCACUUGAUU